UAUUUGCAGUUACUACGCUUCAACGGCGUUCCCGGUCGCUCCGACACGAUUGGUUCCCCCAAUCAAAAGGCAAAGGCUGAUGACAACUGCAAGAAAUGGCAAAAACAAUCAGUCGCAGAAAACCACAUCUAUUCCUCCACUCGAUCAACUCAAAGUAUAUAGUAAUCAGGACAUCUUAAUUUGUGGCAACUGUAGAGAAAUGUUUUCGGAUCUACACGAUUUGCUUGAACACAAGAAAACUUACUGCAAAUUGCGAUUUACUUGUAAAUGUGACUCCAAUAAAUCCAAAUCGCCAACAGACGAUAACACGUCAGCUUCAUUACUUUGUGUUCAAUGUAAAGACUCUUUCCAAAAUGCGUGGGACUUAAUGGUACACGCACAGGCAGCACACAUGUUGAAUAUAUACGAGUUAGGUGUUCCGUCACUUGGAAAUUGUUCAUCUCCACCAUUGUCUCCCAGAGAAAACAGCACACCAGAUAAGGAGAUCCGUAUGAUGAGGCAACUUCAAAGUUCCCUGCCGCCCGGAGCUAAUUGGCUUUAUACUUACAUAUACAAUAUGUUGCAUAACGAGGAAAAUAAAAAUGACUCGACCCUGGAUGGGGACGAGGAAAACGGUGACGCCGAUCACGAGCGCGACUUCUUGGAGAACGGUCGCGAUGGCAUGACCGGCACCCCCGACUCCGCCAACUCCCGCAACGACAAGGAGUUAGAGGACUUGAUGGACGUGGAGCCGGCAGCCAAGACCUGCAUCGUGCACGCCCUGAGCAUUGUCAGCGCCCCGGCGUCGCAGCCGGGAGCGUCGCCGCCACCGCUGGCCGCCGUCGCCCCCCACACGGUCCACCACGCCGACGGUUGGAAGCCCCAGGGACACACGAGACUCUCCCCCAAAUUGCAACACGAACCCUAUUAGUUACCUUAUCCACUUCGCAAACUGCAUGGACUACCUAACUUAAUUAUUUAAAGCAUAGUUAUGUUUUUUCUUUUUUAGUUUUCGGUAUAUAAAGUUAAAGGAUGCAGAACUUUUACGGUGGGUAAGUCUUAGCCCGUACUAUCUCAUUAAAUAUUAUGGCUUAUGAUGAUGAAAAGUUUUAAGUAAUUUGACAUCUUAUUACAUUUAUAACGUUGGGUAUAAAUUCAAGUCACUGUAUUUUCUUCGUCAAAUUCCUAAAAUUUUUAUGAAAUAGAACGACAAAGGCCUAGUCAUAAAAAAAUCCAAAAAUAAAAAAGAAAACCCAUUUUUUAUGUGUAAUAAACAUUUUCAUGAUAAAUUUUAAUGAGCAAAAUGUAAUAAUUGAAUGCUAUGCUAGAACAACGUUGUAAGUGCCAGAAAUAUGCAUAUCCAUGGAUAAUCGAGAAUAACUGUUUGUCGUGUGUUGCUUUUAAAUAAAGGCACAAUAAAAGUAACACAAAAGGCAAAAAAUUAUUCAUUCAUAUUCAUAUUUACAAUAUGGUAGAUACAAACCUUAGACAAGACACAACUAGACGUAACCGACGUAACUGUAUUUACCAUCGACCUUAUAAACCACGCUGUCUGUAAACAAAAUGGUAUUUUUGUAAAGUAAAGAAGUAAGAUUUGUAAAUUUAAGCCAAAUCUAUUUGUUUAUUUGGACAUUUGUUCAUGUUAAUAAGUUACGACAAAGUAUGAACAAAGUACGAUAUUGUUACACUAGUGAAACAAAACAAAAAGGCAAUUGUAAAUAAUAAAUUACACUCUCUUAAAAUAAAUGUCAAAAAUAACUAAUUAUAAGUAUAUUUGACUAAUUGUCAUAGCAAAAAAGUAUUCACUAAUAAUAAUAAUAACUAGUCAAAUUCUACUAAAUAUAAUAGUCAAAUUAGUAGAUAUAAAUUUUAAAAAGUAUUGACCCAGCCAGGGUUUAAAUUCUGGUCUGUCUAUUGUCAACCGGAUGUCAAACCGGUGCUCCACUGUCACUUUUAUAUAAUAAAUAAAUAUUGUUAAUAAUAUUUUAAAGCUAAAUAUCUUGUUUCUAGAACCAAGCGAAAAGUACGAAUUUGCGCUUCCAAAAGAAAGCGCUUUUCCGAGGAGCAAGCGUUUUUUUGUCGAUCGCUUAGUUAGCAUAAUAAAGAAACGUUUAGUGUAUUUGCGACUUUUGACAUAAACGUCAAAUUUGAGGUUAUCAAUAAUUUUAACAUUCUUAUAGAAACACCGGUUGUAGAAAAAAUCGUGUGUGUAAUUCGAGCGCAAAGUGACAUUGCCGCUCUCGCGAGAUAGCCGCGCUUCUCAAGGCGUCGCGCGUCAAACUUCUCGGUCAAAGCGGCAAUGUAUCACUUUGUUUUUAAGGGACGUUUAACCAUGGAGCCUAUAUGCAUUUUACUCUAACAAUAAUUUGUUGUUGGCCGCAAAAAUUAAAAACGAUUAAAGAAAUUAGUUACUUUUUACUAUCAGAAACAUUCAAAGAUGGUGACUUAUCUUAAAUUAUUAAAACUUUAACUACUUAACUAGUAAAAAUAGCUAUUUAAAAGUGAAAACAACUAUUUUAUUAAUAAACAAUGCUGGUACUAUUUCAAAUAGUAGAAUUUUGACUAUUUCAUUUGAAGAGAGUACCUAGCUAUUUUUAACAUAGAGAUUAUUCGUACAUAAAUAUGAUUUUAAACAUGUUUUAAAAAUUAAAUUAAUUUCAGAAUUAAAUACAAACAAAUAAUGUUAGAAAACUUAACCUCAAAACCAAAACACAUCUGUCAAUAAUACCAUUAUGGUUAUGGAUUAAUUUUUAAUUGCAUUGUACGACAAACUCGUAAAGAAUGGUCGAUUAAGACGUUUAACACUCAAGCGAAGCGAGCUUGGCAAAAAUGCAAAAUAUACCCACUAUUAAAUAUUUUUGUUGUUUUAAAAAGUAAUUUAUAUAUAUUUAAAAAUUAUUACAUAACCACAAUUGUCUUUAUCGUUAUUUGUACCAAAUUUUUGACGUUGUCAAAUUCCUAAUAAAAUAAGUGAGUCUUUUUGUGCUCAAAAAUAUCUUCAAGACACAAGUUAACAAUUUAUAUCAUGCUUAUAUUUUGUUGUACCUAUAUUUUAAUGAAAACUUUACUUGAGCAAAAAAAGUCUGUAAACUGAUUUUCAAAAUAACUUCCAUAAUAACACAAACCAUGUACAUGGUGUAUUUCAUUACGGCUUUACUAAAAUAACAACGUUGUUCAUAAACUUUUCGUCAUCUUUAUCUUCUUAAAAGCCAUUGUCUAAUAUCUUUGUAACAAAAGUUCUAUAUAAUUUAACUUAAUUUUAAAUUAAAAAAAUUGUUUCUUACUAAAUUAAUACCAAAAAACAGAGUAGUUAGUCAACCCCUGUAAAUAUUUAUGUAAAAAACAAUUUGACAUAUCAUUAAAACUAUCAUUAAGGUAUAUUUCUUAUACAAUUAAGAUUUAGGGUUUCAUAGGGGCCUAAAAAUUACUUGUAUAUGUAAAACGAAAAUUAGAUUUGUAGUAUUUAUAGCUAGUGAAAUGCUGUGUUGAAUAUAUUUAUAAAACAUAGUUAUGGCGAGUGUUGGUAAAUUACUAAAUUGACAUUGACAAGAAGCCCAUAAAGCGAAUCCAUGUUUUCCCGUAGUUUUUUCUUAUUUGUCCAAUUCUUCUUUGAACACUGUCAUGAGCUUAAGCUGAAAAAUCUCUGUGGAUAGAAAACGAUGUAAAGCUUUCAAAUUGGAAAUACAUUGUAAAUCAUUUGUCACUGUUGGAACAAACCAUUAGGUGCUUAGCAAAUAUUAUCUCACGAUUUUUCAAAUUAUAAAUCUUUUUUUAUAAAAUUGUGAUAAAAACCAAUUUACCAACACUCUGCUUAAAAAGUUGGUAAGACCAAAUUUAAUUUAAAUAAAAAAUUGUUGCCUAAAGUGUGAAUAUUAAAAAAAUAUAUGUGUGUACUAAUAGGUAUAUUGUAAACCUAUAAAAUGACUUGUUAAAAAUCAGCUUGUUUUAAAACUUAUAUAUAUUAUUUAUUUAUUAAAAACUUUUAAUUAUUUCGAAUUUGUCUUAUAGAUAUAAUAAUAAUAUAUAAUAAUGUGAGUGAAUGACCAAUUGUUCUCCACAAUAUACAAUCAUGUAUAAAAGUAUGAAAUUUGCCUUGGGACUUAUAUGAUAGGGCUUUUAUUUGAUGUUUGCUGACGACCAUGUUAUAUCUAUGUAUGUAAAGUAUCUCUUAUUAUAUACUAGUUAUUAAUAAUAAAUGUCCUCCAUUGUA